AUGGACUGGGCUGCCAUGGUUGAGGAUGCACGAAAGACACCACAGUUGCAGACGGUCGGGGAAGGGAACCAGCUACUGACAAGAUCAUUGUGUAAGAGCGAGAGACCGCGUGUGGAUGUGGAUGUGGGUAAGGGUGUCAGAGUAAAUGGAGCUAAGAAAGAGCAAACACACCCGGAUAUUAUUCACCAGCCAGCCAAGGAAUUGGAGAGGGAUGUGGAUGGAGCCAUGGGAAUGGACGGUCAAGGUCAGCCUUGGACUGGCGUGGUCCUUUCAGAAUUCAGACUUUCGGACACAACGCCAUCCCUGAAAGCGGACAAGUCAAAGCAAGAAUUGCACCGGCGAUGCCCGCUAGAAGCACCCAAGAAAAAAAAAAAAUAA